UUGUGUGAGCUUAGCUGUAAAACAGACUUUGAACUCCAACCAGCUCAGUAGCAGACAGCUGUGCAGAACAAAGCACGACUCCAGCACGAGGCUUUACGAGAUACCAAUUAAAAAAGAGAGCCAGAGAGGGAAAGAGGACAGCGUGUUUUAAUAGCUUUUCUUGGAGAAUACAUCCCAAAUCAAAAUAACAGAGAUGGCUACAAUGUUCAGAUACCCCGUCUUUCCUCAUCUGCAGGAUCCCUGUGAUCCUGGUUUGUCGCUGUCAGCAGGGAGGAGUGUCAUGGCGGAACCGGACUAUAUGGACGAAGACUGUGAUGAGCUCAUCAAGCCCAAGAAACUGAUCAACCCAGUGAAAAGCUCCCGUAAUCACCAGGACUUGCACAGAGAGUUGCUCAUGAACCAGAAGAGGGGUCUGGCUCCUCAGAACAAACCUGAGCUCCAGAAGGUUCUGGAAAAGAGAAAGAGGGACCAAGUUCUCAAGCAACAGAAGGAGGAGCAAGAAGCCCACAAGAAGAGGAGUGACUUGGAGAUAGAGCUCAUGAAAAGACAACAGAAACUAGAGCAGCUUGAACUGGAGCAACAGAAAAUUGAGGAGGAACAGGAGAACACCCCCGAGUUUGUGAAGAUGAAAAGCAACCUGCGCAGGACCAAGCAGGAGACCGACGGGGAGGAACGAACCACCUAAAAAAAAAAAACCAUCAGGGGUGGCUGGGUCUGGCUGACUGUGCAUAUUUUUGUGAGCACAGAGGCAACAGGAGUGUGUGUACAAAGGAGAGAGAGUGUGUUGUGUCUGUGGUACACGGUGGUGACCAUGAUCUUGGACCUGGCUUUCCCAACCUAGCUGUUCCUUCGUGCAGUGAGGAGAGAGACUUUAAAGAAUAAAGACCCCCCUCGGUUUGCCUGCAAUGGACCGCCAGUACCCAUACCCACCCAGCAGCACACAGCACCCCCCACAGGAGGACCUAACACAUGUUACAUGAUUUUUUUCCACAAGGGCGAGCAAGCUUUCAAGGAGCUCUGAGGGAGAUGCGACCAAACACACACACGCAGACGCACACACACAGGAGUAUUUGUCCCCUAUGUUUUUCACUCCUUUCUCCACAGCAAGCUCUCAUUUCUCUUUACUGUUAUUGAUGUUGUCAUUGUUAUUGUUGUUGUUUUU